AUGUCUGCUGUUAAAGGUGCUAGUAAUGUAAAGGUUCUUCUCUCCUUCCAUUACAUGGAUCCUUCGCUGCCUGCAGCACAAUCCCCGCUGCUGCAGCAAGCUAUCUUGUUGGCGCAGCAAGAAGCAGAAGCAAAGAAGGAGCCUUUGAACUUGGACUUAGGGUCAAUGG